AUGUGGUUAAACAAAAUUUUGAGACAGACAAAAAUGAAACCUUUUGACUGCUAUCUUGACUUGAAAAUCUUCUUUGCCUUCAAAAAGCCAGUGAAGUAUAUGCCAGACGAGGAUCGGAAGUCAAGAUUAGCAGCUUUAAGAAAGAAAAGAGCCAACAAGGCUCAGGGUAGUUCCAACAACGACGCGGAUAGUUUUUUGGCGAAGACCAGUGAUCAUAUACCACUUAGGGUAACCUCGGUAUCACGGGAGGGGGCAGAUUACGAACCACUGGAACAACCAGUAAAAGAUAUUGCUUUUGAGCCCGAACCUGUGUUCACAGAACUAACAAAGGCAAAAAUGACUUCACCGACUAGUGCCAUGAAAGAGGAUUUAGCAAACUAUUACUACAAAGCAAAUCUGAGGACGGACAGAGCCCUAAAUAGGAUAAUACAGGAGAAGAGUAUGUAG